AUGUCCGAGCUUCACGAAAUUGAAAAGACCGCCGUGGUCACCGAAUCGCAGCCUCAAUCGACUCUCCCAGAGGUCCCUUUGGAAGAGAAAUCCCAGCAGGUGCAUACGGUGACUAAUUCAACAGAAAGUAGCGACCACGGACAGGAACAGCAGGAUCAAGAGCAGGGCCAGCAGCAGGGACGAUUCGCGCGACUAUUCGCUUACGUGAAGACGCGCGACUUCUGGAUUCUCUUGGUUCUAGGUCAAAUCAUCGCUUUGGCCGAUAUCAGUUCGUCCACUUUUUCAAGUCUUCUCUCCGACGCAGGCACCAGUAUCCCCGCUUUCCAGACGCUUUUCAACUACAUUCUGCUCAAUCUAGUCUAUACCAGUAUCACGAUUUACAAAUACGGUUUUAAGAAAUGGCUCCGGCUCCUCUACAAAGACUGCUGGAGGUACUUUAUUCUGUCGUUCUUGGAUGUUGAGGGGAAUUAUUUCAUGGUGCUGGCUUACCGGUACACAUCGCUAUUGAGCGCUGAGCUGUUCAGUUUCUGGACUAUCAUCUGUAUUGUCAUCAUUUCCGUCAUCUUCCUGCGCGUUCGGUACCACAUUACGCAGUACAUUGGUGUCUUCAUUGCUUGCGUUGGACUCGGUCUUCUUAUCUACUCCGACUAUCUCCGCGGCGCCAACUACCCUGCUGCGGAUCAGUUGAAAGGCGAUUUGUUCGCUCUGUUGGCCAGCACUAUCUACGCGUUUAGCAAUCUGUUUGAGGAAUACAUGGUCUCCAAGCGCCCCAUGUAUGAAGUCAUUGGCCAGAUGGGCUUCUGGGGUAUGAUCAUCAACGGUGUGCAGUGCGGCAUCUUCGACCGGAACUCUUUCAAGGGCUCGACCUGGGACGGACAAGUCGGUGGCUAUAUUGCCGGCUACACCAUUGUCCUCUUCAUCUUCUAUACGCUAGCCCCCAUUUUGCUGCGAAUGUCGUCUGCGACGUUCUUCAACAUUUCACUGUUGACCAUGAAUUUCUGGGGCUUGCUCAUCGGUCUCAAGGUUUUCCACUACUAUGUGCAGUUCUUGUACCCGAUUGCUUUUGUCUUGAUCGUUAUCGGUCUAUUCAUAUACUUUGUUGCCGAGGGCCAAUAUGGCGAGGCUGUGAAGCCUUGGCUCGGUAAGGAUCAGGAACUUGGCAUCGAUGGUGUGGGAACAGGUCGUCGUGCGCAGCAUACUGGUCAUGCAAUUGUAUGA